ACCAGAUGGCGCAGCAGGCGGCGCUGAAUCUCGCUCAACAGAAGCUUGCCACGCAGCAGCAGGCGGCGUUCUCGAUGGCCCAGCAACAGAUGGCAGCACAGCACAAGGCUGCCAUCGCGAGAGCUCACCAACAGAUCGCUGCAAUGCAUCACGUUGCGGCGACUCGGGCAUCGUCCGCGGCAACCUUCACGACGUCUGCCUGUCACGCAGCGCAGAUGACGACGCACGCUAGCGCCAUGCGGGAAACCGCAAAGAGUGUAGACGUCAAAGAUUGCAAUCAGGUUCAAGUCCAACCUGAAAAACAAACUGCUGAUCCAGGUUUAACCGAAGAGUCGAUGAAGCAGUUGCCGUCGGCGACUGGUAAAGACUCCGGCUCAGUCUCAGGUCGACAUGGUGUGAUGCAAUCAGUCAGGGAAUCUUCACCUCUAAAGAAACCUACAGGAGCUAAUCUGCCGUCGGAUGUGCUGGUGUCUCAGUUUGCGCAGAAGCGAGCGCGCGAGAUCGAGACGCUCACUGUGGAGCUCAUGAUGGCAGACACGCCAUUCGGAAAACCUGUGUUCCAGACGAUCCCGCGUCACAUGCGCCGUCGCACGAUGAGUUACAACGUGAAACGUCUGCCGCGGCGACUACAGGCCUCCCAGACAGGACAGUUUUCGAAAGUUGCACCCGUCGGUCCGGGAAAACGGCCGAGUAGGAAGCAUCGGCGUCGUCCUAGCAACCUGCUGGAGGAGUACACGCGUCGGCAACGCCGCAACGUGUGGCUGGAGACACAUAUAUGGCAUGCUAAACGCUUCAAGAUGGCCGACUUGUGGGGCUACAAGAUCCCGCUGCAUCCCUGUGAUAAGAGCAUACGCGCAUCGUACCGCGCCAGCGCCCGGCAUUGCCUUCUACAGGAUGUUUCUUACCUCUGCUGUUUGGAGCUGCGAGGGUCUGAGCAGGAAAUCAUUACGGGCAUGCGGGAUGUGACCAGCACUGAUACAGGUCUAUCUGUUGCUGCAAAAGCAUACAUCAGUGGAACAAGGCAAGGAAGCACUGUGUUAUAUGGACCAAGCCAAUACCCACACAAUGCUCUUGGGCAAGCUGACUUCAUUUGGGAGCCAGUGUUCGGCACGACUUCAAGCGAGCGUCGGAGGUUGUGGAUCUGGGUCCACGCCUCCUGCUCAAAGGCUGUUCUCACCGCCCUUCUCACUGCCUUCCACAUGAGCGACUCGCCGACCUUCACCGAUUCGCCAUCCAGUCAGGAGUCGGACCCGAAGGCAGCGGCAGACGUAUCUGCAGACAGUCACGGUGAGAAACCACGCGAUCAGGAAGCCAUGCCCAGUCACAGUGAGGAUCAGUGCAGCCCAGGCAUCGCUGGCUCCACCGCCGCGGAUCAGGGACGAGAGCCGAGCAAAGCCGAAGUCGUAAACUCGCUCGCGACCGACGCGAAAGCGCGGAAAAACGUCGCGAAGAAGAAGCGACCGGCGAAGAGGAAGAAAGCCGGGGAGGCGGCGGCGGCGACGACGACGAAGAGAAAGCCGUUCGAGGUGGCGCCGGCCGUCGCCGCGACGUACACGAACGGACGCGUGACCUUGGUCUCGCUCAAGGACAAACUCGUCAGGUUCCGGCUGACCGGUCCGCUCUCGCAGGCCGUGCUGUGCGACUUGCUCCAGCCCGCCGACGUCGUCGUCGCCGCGGCGGCGCCCUCUGGCGGCAAUGUCGCAGCUGCGGCCGUCGCCGCGGAAAGCGAAGCAGAGAUGGCGCCAUCUACAGUCGGUGACGGCAACUCGAGCUCAAUUCCGAAAUGCGAAGAAGGGAAAGAUGGUGAAGAAGAUGGCGGUGGCACUGUAUCCCCGGGCACGCCGCCAGAUGGCAGCACCGAACAGCAGUACAGCUCAAUUGAACAGUGUCAAAGUGACAGUCCAGCUUUGUGUAAAUUGGUGCGGUCGGUGGCGACGCUUGCAGCAAAAGUGCUGCUACCUGUUGGCAGUAGUGAACACUGUGAAGAAGAGAGCACAGUGGCGACACCUGUGGUCAGUGGUCCAGAGGACAAAGCAGCUCUAGAAGAAAUUGAUCGGCCAGCUGUUGUGGAUGCUGCGACGAUACCUAAGUGGUGGGAGGUAUACUACACUCACCAGCAGAAAGCUGAGCAACAGAGAAGUCAGGCUGAGGCAUGGAGAGCAUUGAAGGCAGUCCAGUCACCAGCUGAACUGCCACCUCACUGUGUGCUAGGACUUACAGUCAGAGAUCCACGCAUCUUUCUACCCAAGAAACGAACCAAAGUCAUGAACGAAGUUACUGAGGUAGCAGUGCAGCAGGUGGAUGUUGCAACUCGGCUACCAGAGGGCAUAUCGGCUUCUCCACUGUGGGAUGAAGGGAUCCGUAAAGAGGUGACUACGACAAAACUCACGGAGCAGGAGAUGAACAGACUUCGAUCUCAAAAUAUUGUUCCCGGCACACCGCUGCAGCUGGGACGGGAGGAGUCCCGGGUCCCGAUCCUGCUCGUCCAGAACCCGGGCCACGGCGACGCGCGGCAACCUACGACACUUGGCUACGGCAGCGGCUGGGACGUGGUCCUGCCGUGCGGAUGGAGCAUGGCCUUCUGGGUGGGGCUGGUGUACAGGGGCGCGCGGGCGGCUGGCUUGAGGGAGUGCACGGCUUGCUGCUGGGAGAGGGGCGUGCCGAGCUUCCCUGAUGGCUACCCCGACACGGAGGCUGCGAGAAUACAUCAGACAAAGGUACGAGAAAAACUUGAAAUGGAAUAUUUCCGACGUCCACCGGAUAAAAGGCCGAAGCUAUAUCAAGUAUGGAUCGUAUCACACGUUCAGCUGCCCUUGAAGCACCCUCGUGGCAGAGUGGGGAAAGAGAGGUUUUACGUUUUGCGAUCUCAGCGUGAUUUGCAGACAUUAAGCCAGCUAGACAAGCGUUUAAAGACCUCACCUACGCUGGAUAAUGAGUCUCAGCAGAGGAGCAUUGAUAAAAUGGACGCCGUAUUGCAGCACCACGUGAGUGCAAUCGUUGCUGUGCGUCUGAAGAUGUUACAGCGUGGCACCCCUAACAGGUUCGCCACGAUCUGCCUUCCUUCCCCGGACGACCUUGAACGACUGCUCAAGGACAAACAGUACGGCGGCCCGCUGGAACAGCGACACAAGGAUGUGUCAACGCCGAAGCUCAAAGCUCUUCUCGCCGAGCAUAAGAAGAUCGCGCGGAAGAAGGCCAAGAUGGCGGCGGCGUCCACCGGCGAGGCAGCGAAGCGAUGUGGCGGCGGGGCGGCGGACGGCGGGGCGAGGGUGGCGGCAUCACGGCGGGAGAUGUUCGGUGACGUGGCGGGCGUCGUCGGUCACUGCUGCCGCGACGCGAUGGGGUUCGUUAUCGCUGGUAACUUCUCGUUCACGGUCGGCGGCGGAUGCGCCGUUGGAUUCUGCAGCGUUGCCGGCCUCGUCGAGGCGGCGAGGGCGCAGCAGCGCUCGCCCCCUCUGGUGGUGCUCGUUAGAAACCCGGCGUCGUUACAGUAUCGGUUUGCGAAACUGGAUAUUCUCAGGUAGCCGCUGGUGGCUGAACGUGCAAGCGGGACCGGGUCAUUCGUGCGUUGAAUGUCGUCAGAGCGUUCGUGAAAAAUGGAAGCACGUUGCGUUUACAUAGUCCUGACUUUUCAUCGGCCGUCAGUGUUGUAUACAACGAAGCUUCUGUUAGAAAGGUGAGGCAGCGGAGGUUGCCAGGUCCACCAGACACGGUGAGUGAAUAAGAGAUUGGAUAUCAUUGUUGCAUCUUUAGUGUCAUCGAAAAUCUAUCACUACUGAAAAUGUACAACUCCUAACAUCGUGGAGAAUUGGUCCAUCUCGAAAGCUCCUGUCUUCAUUGUAUAUUUCACCAGCAAAAUCUACAAUCUUAUUAUCAUUUUGAUUCGAGCUUGUAAUUUUCUCAACAACACACACUGUUUUGCAAUAAGUCAUAACGUGCGUGCUUUUCAAUGAAUCUCCUGUGUUUGCAUUCCAAAACUAGUCAAUAUUGCGAAUGUUAUAUGCCAGGAUGACACGCAUUACUUUUAGUUGCGUGUACUUAUACUGAUACGUAUUACUUGCAAUACUGUGUGCAUUACUGAUAUUCAUUUAGGCAGAUAAACGCAAGGAAACAACACUAGUUAAUAUUUUCAAUUUACAUGUUAAUUUAAAUGAUUUAAUGAGUAUAAUUACUGUAAUAAAUAGACACCAAGUGACCAAGAACGUGCAUUUUGAUGACGAGAUUUAAGCAAUUGCAAGCUUCUGAGAUGGGCCAACUUUCAUUUGGGAGAUGUAAAUAUUCAGUACUGUGAUGUAUUUUUGUCGUUUCCAUUGAAGAUUUCUUCCCACGUAGUCUGAAGCAUGCUUGUUUUGCGAAUUGCCAUAAUGCAUAAUGCAACGCCAUACCACCCAGCUACUAGUACUACACAUUUCCUGCAAUAAUUAUGCCUUUCAUUGCGUGUCUUGUUACGUGUUUCGCGUCUUGGUUUACGUAAUAUAACAAGCCUUGAUUAGUGAACACUUAAUCAUACUUUGCUCAUCGUAAAUUAGUGUAUUUAGUAGUCGUUAGUGCACCGCGUUCAUUUUCUUGUAUAUCACUGUAUCACAGGCAUAGCAUGGCAGUUGUGUUUAGAUAGAUGUUAAUUUGCAAAAAAGAAAUCAGUGCUGCAAUUGUCGUACGUGGCUUGGAUUGUGUGGGAAGAUUCCUUUAAUUGCACAUGAUACACCCACCCACCACAUUUGCAGGUGAUGUGCAUGUCUCGGCAGGUUUUUGUGUCUUGAUAAUUGCGUAGUCGCGUAUUAUUGCUCACCUGCCAGCUGUUACGGGACGUGAGACAGGAAUGUCAACCUUGUGAAAUUUAUUUACGCUUAAGAGAUAAUCAUGUUUGAUUGUGGCAUGAUAUAGUCGGGAGUGAGUAAAAGGCGAUGCCUUUUUUAUUUACUCCUGAUAUAACGUACACGUUUUUCGAUGUUGCAAUUGCAGUUGUUGCACACAUAAUUUCAUGAAUGAUACUUCAAACUGUUUUGAUCCAUUUUCAGAGUAUAUUAAAAGUGAACUACAAACAUUGAA